AUGUUUUUCAAAAGUGAGUUCUCUGAUGAAGAAGUGACUGAUCAUAAGAGGUAUGUAAAUAGACAAAGUAGAAGAACACGUCGAAAUGCAAAAAACAUUCAACCAAAAAAGGAGCCAGUGGUAUAUAUCAUUUCAGACUCAGAUACUUCUGAAAGAUCUCUGGGAAGCUCUACAGCUGAAUCGGGUGAGUCUAGUGAAUCGAGUGAAUCGAGUGAAUCGAGUGAAAAAAGUGAAGAAAAUGAAGAAAGUGAAGAAAGUGAAGAAAGUGAGAAAAGUGAAGACGGACAAGAAGAGCAUGACGACAACAACGAGAGUAUAGACAUAAGAAAGGAUGGGGACUCUUCUUUUGAGGACAGCUCAAGCGAUGAAACCAAUGAUGAUAUUGAUAUAGUACAAUACAAAAGCUUGGUUAACGAUGUGAUUGGAUAUUUCCAAAGCAAGGAACAGCCUGAGAUUCAUGAUGUCUUCAGUCUAUGUUCCGAAUUACCGAAAGAAAUCCAAAAAUAUACAAAUUUAUUGUUGGAUUUUAAUAUAGAAUUCACUAAAGACUUGCCCUUACAUUUAUACUCUGUCUACUUGCUCUCUACUAGGAACAGAAAUGUACCACCGCCUGGCUUUUCAAAUUGGCCAUUGCAGACGCAAGACUUAAUAACACCUAGAAAUGCAAUUAAAACUACUGAUUUUCAAUCGCUAGGACAACAAGCAAGAGCCUUUAGAGUAAAAAUGAAUUGGACAAGGUACACUAAAAUUAACUUCAGUGAAAACAACUUGCUUCAUAAACCCAAGCUAAGAAUGCUUGAAUUUUGGCACCCUGAAAUCAAUGCAACAGAUGAGUUAAACGAGUGUAUGGACGCUAUUUUUGAAAAGAGGAUAAAUAAACAAAUAGAGCAAUACUCGGAAGAAAACCGAUACGAUAAACAUGGUCUUCCGAGUCGAUACAGAUAUCAACGACAUACCCCGGAGGACAUUCGAAUGGAUCCAAUACUAAGGAACAACAUUAAGACAAAGUUGGAUAAUAUUAUUGACAGAAUGGUUGAAUCAUAUCAAACAGGGCUAUUAACUAACGAGUCAUUGGGAAGAAAACUUGCGGCUAAGGUUUAUAAACCUCCGGAGUACGGUUUAAAUUGGUUAAAUGUACUCACAAAUAUCGAUCAAAAGGAUAAAAAAGCACGGAUGCAUCUGUUGAUGCUUUUUAAUUUGAAACUUGAGAAAGAUAUUUUGAGUGGUCCCAUCAAUACAUACAGUUCCUCCUUUGAACCAUUUGCUAAUGCCCAAAUUUACAAGGACAAGGUGCUUAAAGGCAUAGCUAUAAAGCGGAAAAGAGCUGCCGUACCCUAUAGUACUAAUUUGAAAAACAUGAAUCGGGUAACAAAAAAACAAAAGUCACACAUCCGUUACAACCUAGACGAUUUCUUAAAUCUGAGCUUACCUUCAAAAGAACAGAAACAAAGGUAA